UGUUUGUUCAUUACAGAUUGUAUCUUAAAUCGUGGGCAACGUAUUACUAUUGAGCUUACAGGGUUAAGUGGUGGGGGCAAAAUAAUUCUUUUCUAUGAGCUUCGUGAUGGCACCCCUCAUCAUGGCACUGUGACAUCGAUGGAGCCAAAUCGUGGUACUUUUGUACUGCAUUCUGAGCUGGAAAAGAAGGACAAGAUUAAACCUAUCCAUCUGGUUGAUGUACCUGGGCAUUCCCGGCUAAGACCAAUUCUGGAUGAUUUCUUGGCUCAAGUAGCUGGAAUUAUAUUUGUGGUGGAUGCAGUAGAGUUCCUGCCAAAAUGUCGGGCUACUGCAGAGUAUCUGUAUGAUAUUUUGACCAAAUCAACUGUCAUUAAGAGGAAAGUUUCUAUUCUGAUAUUGUGCAACAAUACUGACAAAAUUACAGCACACUCCAAGGAAUUUAUCCAGAAACAAUUGGAGAAGGAAAUUAACAAGCUCCGAGCAUCAAGAACUGCUGUAUCCAGUGCAUAUGUGACCAAUGAAUACACAUUGGGGCUACCGUUGGAGGUUUUUUCAUUCUCCCAAUGCCAUAAGAAGGUGGUUGUGUUUCAGGUUGAACAAUUCAUUAGAGAGCAAGUGAAGCCCAGGAGAGCUUAA